AUGCUGCCUACGACGAGCGAGAAAAUCAGAACGCCAGGAAUUAUGAAAUUUUACGUGUUAUUUGUAUGGACGAUUGUGCUUGCAUGUCUUUCUGCCACUCUGUACGGCAUGGUACACGUACCGAACGAUAAAAUGUUGAAAGACAGUACGGUGUACACGAUGGUGUCGUUCGAAUCUAUUCUCUUGGUCGUGUAUUUGCAUAACCAGAAAAAAUCACUCAGAAGAUUGAUCGAAACGUUGAACUGUCUUUUUGACAUAGACGAUAAGACGAUCAGGAUUGCCACCACGCGGUUAGUGACGCCAUUCGAGAAACCGAUGAAAAUUUAUGUAAUUGCCAGUGUUGGUGCAGUGAUCGUCUGGACGUUUCUACCACUGAUGGAAAUAUUUCACCGAAAUCAGUUCUACUAUGAGGAUUAUCAGAUACCAAUGGGUGUAUCGAGAGAACCAUUCUCGACUGGCAUUUUCAUUGGAGGCAUUGCUUUUCAAAUUGUCGGCUGCAUGUACACCACAGUUCGAAAAGCUAGUGUGGACAUUUACACCAUGCAUAUAAUCCUUCUGAUGACUGCUCAGUACAAGUACUUGAAUAUGAAAUUUACAUCAGCACUAGCUAGAUAUCCUGUUCCUGGAGAUGAGGAUAUAAUCAGACAGGAAUUGGGAGGUUUGGUUCAACAUCAUAAAAUAGUACUUCGGAUAUCAAACAUAUUGAAGAAUGUAUUUACUCCAAAUGUCGCGCUACUCUACAUAAACAACGUAUUUCGCUUCUGCUUUUUAACUCUUAUGCUCGUAAUGAACAACGAAGGACCAUAUGUGACAAUGUGUGUUGUUUCAUACACAAUUGGUGCACUGAUACAACUAUACAUGUUCUGUUUCUGUAUUCAACAAUUACUGGAGUCGAGUACAACGAUGAUGGACGAUGUAUUUCAUGGAAAGUGGUACCUCCGUGAUGUCUCAUUGCAGCGUACGAUUAUGAUGAUGACUAUGACUGAUAAAUUAGGCUGCAAAUUAUCGCGGAUUCGGAAUAUAAACUUGACUUUACCAUCUUUUAUGUCGAUUUUAAAUCAAGCGUACUCGGUAUGCCUGUUAUUUUUAAAAUCCAGGCAAAGUUAA